AUGUCUCAGCAACCAGACAGGAGGAAGGAUAUACGGAGGUCUCAAGAGAAUCCGGACGAUAGUCGUUCACAACACUCUGAUCAGUCUAAUCCGUUGCAAGCUCGUGGAUUGGCGACAAACCCCUUAGAUAUCCCAAUGUCACGCCCAUCGACGCGUGCAGAAAGUGACUACUAUAUCAAGUACCCAAAGCGGGAGAAAUCGUAUGAGAGGGUGCGGCCACAACCGCAACAAGACCCGACCGUAGUUCAGUAUGAGAAAGGUCAUGUUACCAUCGUCAAUAAUCACUCCCACUUCCCAGGCCAUUACGGUGCGGAUCAGCAAGAUUUCACUACAGAGCGUGGCACAGGCAACUACGAUGACGAACUAGACGCUCCGCUACAUCUAGAGCUCGAAGGAGAACGAUACAAUGACGCGAAGCGGCGUGACUUGACUAGCUUCGACGAGAGGAGCUCUGGCCCGCCUCCAGAUGACGACGAACCCAUUCGGGGACGUCAGCCCGAACGAAGGGAAUAUGGAUAUCGUGAUCGUCGUCGCCGCUCGCCUCCCCGAGACGAUCCUCAGGGCCUUAACUCACGAAACCGGUGA